AUGAAAUCCUGCAAGAGCCUCAAGGAAGGAGUUUCUGUGCCUAGCAUUGGCGGGAUGUCACAGGAGGAAGGACGCAGGGCACCGGUGUCCCAGUCCUAUUUUCACUCCCCUAACCCAGAUCUGGACCUGACGGGCAAGCUUUAUAAGAGAGAGGUUGGUGGUAAGCCAUAUUCUGUGUUAGUGGACAAUAAAAUGGCAGCCAAGACAUCCAUUGGAGAUCAGAACAUUGGUCAGUUGCCCGCUCAACAUGUGACUCCACAACAACAUCAGCAGUAUUUCAGAGAGGGAGGAACAGGGCAGGAAGUGGGGACGCAGGGGUCCCAGGCUGGCAACGACGGCUCAUCUGAAGACACUGAAGAUGACGACGACGAUGAGGAAGAAGAGGAUGAGGAUGAGGAGGAUGAGGGCUUCAAGCGUGAGCAGAUCAUUGUCGAGGUUAAUCUGAACAACCAAACACUUCAUGUAUCCAAGGGGGACAACAAAACUGGAACCACAGCAGAGGACUCUGAGAGAGCUGGCAGCGACGACGACGAUGAGGAGGAAGAGGACAGCCCUGAUGAUGAUGAUGACGACGACGACGACGAAGAGGAGGAAGACGACGAAGAGGAAGAUGAGAUUGAGAGUCGAAGAACGAGGUCAAAAAGGGCCCGUCGUGGUGCAAGUAGUACAGCAGCUCCCAGCCAGCCUCGGAGGAAAAGCCUCAGAACCGUUCUGAGCACUGCUACUGCAGGAAUGACCACCAGGGGGCGACGGAAGCGCAUGGAGCCUCCAAAGAGCAAGCGCAGGUCAGCCCCGUCGUCUGCCGGGUCCACAACCACAACGACAGGGGGGAAAGCAGAAGUGGAGGAGAAAGAGAUGCUGGCGUGUGAAAAGUGCCCCCGAGUCUUUAACACACGCUGGUACCUGGAGAAGCACAUGAAUGUCACUCACAGACGAAUGCAAAUUUGCGACAAGUGUGGCAAAAAGUUUGUCCUGGAGAGUGAGCUGGCCUUACACCAGCAGACUGACUGUGAGAAGAACAUCCAGUGUGUCUCCUGCAACAAGUCUUUUAAGAAACUCUGGUCACUGCAUGAGCACAUUAAGAUUGUGCACGGCUAUGCAGAAAAGAAGUUCUCAUGCGAAAUUUGUGAGAAGAAGUUCUACACAAUGGCUCAUGUCCGUAAGCACAUGGUUGCUCACACUAAGGACAUGCCAUUUACCUGUGAGACGUGUGGAAAAUCGUUUAAACGCAGCAUGUCUUUAAAGGUUCACUCACUCCAGCAUUCUGGAGAGAAGCCCUUCCGUUGUGAGAACUGUGACGAGCGGUUCCAAUACAAGUACCAGCUGCGCUCCCACAUGAGCAUUCACAUCGGACACAAGCAGUUCAUGUGCCAGUGGUGUGGCAAAGACUUCAACAUGAAACAGUAUUUUGAUGAGCACAUGAAAACGCACACAGGAGAGAAGCCUUUCAUUUGUGAGAUCUGCGGGAAGAGCUUCACCAGCCGGCCCAACAUGAAGCGCCACCGCCGUACCCACACUGGGGAGAAGCCCUAUCCCUGCGAGGUGUGCGGCCAGCGCUUCCGCUUCUCCAACAUGCUCAAAGCACACAAAGAGAAGUGUUUCCGGGUCACCAGCCCUGUGGUCCUGCAGACCAGCGGCCCACCUGUGCCUGUCCGCAUCUUUGCCAACACCUUCUCCUCCUCUUCCUCCAUUUCUGGUCCCAGUCCCUCAGCUGCCACCACGGCCACCACGUCAGCACCCCUGGGCCUCAACCCGACAGGGGGGCCCAUGCCUCCAAGAGGCCCUGUGGGACACACAUUUUCCCACGUACAGCUCCAUUCAAACCCAUCUCACCAUCAUCCCCACCCCCCGACAACCCAGCAACACCUCUCAAAUACACCCCAACAUGUCCCACCUCACCCCCACCACCACCUGGCCGUGCCCCCAGUCUCCCACUUGCCCCCACCCCCGGCCCUUUUCAAGAGUGAGCCCUUAAACCACUGUGGGCACGAAGACAGCAGCUACCUGCACCACAUGGCUCCCCCUGACAAGGGCCCUGGAGCCCCACAGCACCACUGAACUGUGCUCCAGCUCUGCAGGCUCACACCAAACCGCGCCUUGUUCCUCCUCUUCUCAUAGUCCUGCUUUAGUCUCUCAGUUGCCAGGGCCCCUGAUGAAAGGGUGCCCCUCUCAACCAGAUUUAGAUAAGUCCAGCUACACAUACACACCUUUUUGUAUGUGACUCAGACAUGUACGCCCUCAGUGCACACAGUAUUUAAGUAGAACCCCUACUUAAAAACCCUGGUCAACUGACAAAGAUUUUACAACCUCUAGAAUUUUUUUUCUUGAACAUUUUCUUAAGAAAUCCACAAAGUGAUUUCUCUGCGAGUUCUCUAUCUGUACAUUGAUGGGUGUAAAGUAUCUCAUUGUCAUCAAAAGCUGCUGAUGGAGGUCAAUGUAUGCAUUACCUGGGCUUCAAGGAUCAGUGUCAUUGAACUUUCCUCUUUGUGUCAAGUUGACUUAUGGUUGCACAUUGAUCAGGACUCUCUUUGCCGUUCCUCCCCAUAGCAAUACUCAAACUGUCCCCCUAGUUGUACUAUAGAGCCUUUCCCCACAGAAAUGUUUGUUGACAAUUGUAACCGGUUCUACCUGAGCCUUUCUCUGUCCUAAGGCCAAGGCUUUCUGUCAGACGGGCAACAGCAAGAGUGCAAGAUGCAGUGCCAUAGGUUACAGUAAGAAGGGGAUGGGGGGAGGAAUUUUUGUAGGGGACAUUGAAAAACAGGUUUUGUAAAUGGUUAGUUGAAUCUAGUCUUAGAUUCACAUCAUGGUUAAAUGGUGCUUUCCAUUCCAGUACAUACAAUAAUUCUUAAUUUUGCUUUUCCAUUUGAUUUUCAUAAGUGUAAUAUUACAAAAUAAUGUAUUGUGUCAGCCUGGCUUUUCUACAAUGGAUUUGAGGUUUGACUAGAUAUUUUGUGGUCAAGAAACUCAAAUUAUGCAUGACAUGCACCCUCACACUUACUCAAGCACACACUCAAAACACAAAGACCGUAUGGCCACUGAUUUACUUGCUGUAAUCCGUGCAACCUCAGCUUUCAGUACUGUUGGUCAACAGAUGCUUUUAGAUAACAGAUGACUGUCAAAUACUGCCACUGUGAGGGGCCAGACAGAUGGCCCCAUCAGGAUUUACCCCACUUCCUUCGCUGCUGUCGAAAUGAUACGGGUUACCAUGUGAAAGGCCAUUUGACACACACAGUAUACACACCUGGGACCUUUUUCAUCACAGUUCUUAACAGGCAAUUAUGCAUAUUCCCCUCCGCCUAUAUUCCACGGUUUGGUGUGGGGCGUUGUAAUGUAAAGGUUUGUUUUUUGACUUUCAUCGUACUGAUAUACUUUGAUCCACACAGGCAAACGUGUGUCUAAACCUGUUGAAUGUUGCCUACGCAAAAUGAUGGCUGAUGAGUCAUAUGUUUAUGUUCUCUGAUAAUUUGCUCAGUUUUAAGCUAAUGAAUGGUUCUGCAGUGUAGAUGUACUGUUAGCAGAUGAUAGGAAAUGUCAGGAUAAAAGGCAGUGGUCAUACGACUUCUAAUACUUGGAAUUCUUGUAUAGAUAAGCAUACAUGUGAUUAAGUCAGCAUAAGAAAUUACAUUUGAUAAUGUAAUAGCCGAUGGUGUGAAUGUUAUUUGUUUAAAAUUAGCAUAAAGAGUUGGCAAGUAUUUGGCAUGAAUUUGAGCUGCGUGGUUGUUAGCCCUUCACCCAGUCUGACAGCUAUCAGGUGUGUGUGUGUGUGUGUGUGUGUGUGUGUGUGUGUGUGUGUGUGUGUGUGUGUGUGUGUGUGUGUGUGUGUGUGUGUGUGUGUGUGUGUGUGUGUGUGUGUGUGUGUGUGUGUGUGUGUGUGUGUGUGUGUGUGUGUGUGUGUGUGUGUGUGUGUGUGUGUGUGUGUGUGUGUGUGUGUGUGUGUGUUUUACAAGUCUGUCUGGUUGUCCCCAGUGCUCUUCUACCAAAAGCUGCUUUUACAAAUUGUGCCCCAAUAUGUGUAUUGGGGAUACCUGAGAUGGACAAUAGCAGUACAUUUAACAUGAUCCUCUUUCUACCACUCAACGGUAUUCUGUCUGAAGUGGUUAAGCUCAGUAGUUUAGGAUGCCCCUUUUGUGAUUUGAGACCUGCAAUCAUCCUGCCAUUACUGUGGGUCCUAAGAUGGCUGCAUUAUUUGCUUAGCAUCCUGUCCCCUCCGGUUCACUGCUGUGCUUCAGCAAUUUUGCAGUAUGGAUCUUUGUCCUGUUUUUUAUUUUUUAUUUUAAAGCCUUUUCAUUUGUGUGUAUUCUCUGCACUUUACUGCUGCGUGGGUGAGGCGCAGGGAAGGGAGGGACUGACAAUGCAUUGUGGAACAGAGUGCAGUUGUGGCUGCAUUGGAAAGGGUGGAGGUGACAAUUUUGAGUGGAUGUUUUUAGGCAAGGAAAGGAGGAGAAUCCCGGGUGGAGGCGGUUAGUGGGGAAGGGACCAUAGCAAUUGAAUAACAUGUCUUUUAGUAUGCGCAAACAUUUUAUUUCCUAUUGUUUCAAAGAAAUACACUUUUGCUCUCCUCAAAGUGAAAAGUGAUGUUCCUCCUGCUUUGGCGCCUUUACACUAGCCCCUCCAAGCUAUGUCUUACAUACUUUCUUCUGUCCUGUUUGUUAAUGGCGUUUUUGUCUCUGUAAUGUCUUGGUUUGUCUUUCAGUUUGCCGAAUGAUUCUCCUCCUCCUUUCUUUGUUAUAUAGAAUGCACUUUCUACUAAAAUUCUUAGCUAGUUGAGAAAAAAAUAACAUUGUAUAUUCUUUAAAGAUGUUUUAAAAAAUCAAUAUACUUUUUUCCCUUUGUAUUUUUAACCACUUAAUGUAGCAUUGCGUAUUUUAUUAUUGUAUCUGGUACAAAAUGUGCAGCUUUAUAAUGUCCUGGUUUGUCCUUUUUGUAUGUUAUCUGGAGAUUGAGGAGAAGUGGAAAACGUUGGGCCUUUUUUGAUAAUGUACAUUUAACUGACUGCUAACUUUGAGAAGUAAAAACAAGUAGCCAUGAUUA